AUGGGUUCGCAAACGUUGGAAAUCCUGCGGCAGGGUGUGCUGGCCAGUUUGACCGGCGGCUGGUACUACGACGUGCAUCAGAAUGUCUUCUGCAAUGCCGUCCAUCUGUACAUCUGGUUGUUUCUGUUGUUUCUUCCGUUCAUCAUUUACAUGUACUUUCCUACAACGUUAAUCGUAUGGAGCGUAUACUGUGUCCUGGUUGCCAUCAUCAUCACAUUCUUCAAGAUGGUUAACGUGGCCCUGCACCGGAUGUACGACCGGGCGCGCACCAUGUCGGAGACCAAUCUGAAGAAACCGGGAGUCGGCGGGGGGACGAAGGCGCCUGGUGCCGGCGGUCCCAACAGUGGCCCGGGUGGUGGUGGUGGCGAGGACGACGAGGCCGGUAUUGAGAUGCAAAUCCUCGGUACUGUUGAAGCAGUCGGAACGCCACCGGUGAAUGCAUCAUCCCGUACCUCGGUGGAGCAUCCGAGCGAUGAAAACCACAGCUACGCCAACAGUGCGCUUUCGUUCGAUUUUCCGGAACAGGUGACGAGCACGAUCGACCUGAAGGUGGACGUGCACCGUAAGAACAGCUCCGAAUCGAGCGAAAGCGGGAUGAGCGGUGGCGCAACUGGCACUGGGGUCGAUGGGGCGGCAUGUGGUGAAGCGAGUGGACACGCGAGGGCACGCUGCACUACAGUGCAAACGCACUCGGCGGAAGUUUGCAGUACGGCCACGCAUAAAAGAUCGCUUUCGACGCCCAACCAGGAUCGCUUUUCGGAAAUGGCACUAGAGAAUGUGGUGCGAGAGAUGUCGGGUGAGUUCGGAACCGCCGGCGGAUCGAGUAGUGCCGGCGGAAGCACUAGCAUAGUGGCAAUCGAUGGCGCGGGCCGGUCGAUGAUAAGCGCCCAAUCAAAUGCCUCGCUACGAAGGCAUCAGUACAAGUCGAGGCGGAAGCAGCGCUUCAUGAACAGUCAGCUGCAGCGUCAGAUUUCGCUCGAUUCCGAAAAACUCGCGAUGGGCAGUGGGAGCAGCGUGUUUGGGGAAGAGGAGCGCGGCGUCGACGUCACCGACGGUGCCCGUAACCGACGCAAACAGGGUGGCGUAAGCAGAGGAGCGAGCGGAGGUGACGGAGUCAAGCUACAGAGGCACCUGAGUUCCGACGGUCAGAGCAACAAAUCGAUCGGCUCAUUGUUUCAGCAUCAUCAGCACUAUCAGUUGCACCAUCAUCACCAUCAUCAUCAUCAUCUGCUGGCCUUGCAGAACCACGAUCCGGCCGAUCUCUACCACCUGGACCACAGCUACACGAAAUCUGCCGUACAACUGGCGAUAGAAAGCACGGCGGGCGACGCAAUCGGAGGCAGCGGUAAAGGAACUAUUGGUGGUGGUAGUGGUGGAGGAUCGUACCUUCUUCAUCAGGCCACUCCCAUCCGACGCGAUUCGAGCAGUACGAUGUCCGCCUUGCAACUGCCAACGAUCGCUAGCGGUAGCAGUAGUGCCGUAGUCGGUGCCGGGAUUGUUAGUGGUGCUGGUAAUGGGCCAUCCGGUAGCGGGAGAAGUGGUUCGGGUGGAGGCAGCAAACGUCGGCGCCACUCGAACACUAAUUCCGGCAACGGGGGCACGGGACGGCCACUGCCACGGUCACUGACUUCAGUGCGACGGAUCAAGAGCGCCGCGCUCGAAACCUGCAGUCCGGCGUCGAUCUCUAACCUAACGCCAACCCACCCGAACAGCGUGGAGGUGAUCGGCGGCCAAACACUGCGCAAUCCACGCCACACCGUACUGCCGCCGCCGAGCAAGUGUUUGUCCCGCAAUCCGUACCUGAACUUGUUUACGAAAUCGAACGAAGGGAGCAGCGGAUCGGGGCUGGUGGACGUGUGUCGGGGAACCGCCUCGAGCCUUACGAUGGUGAUGGGUUGUGAUGAGGAAGCGGCUGGAGGAGCAGAAGGAGGCGUUGGCGGAGAAGGGUGUGGUGAAGCAGGUGAAAGUGGCAGUGCGAACACAGCCGGCGAUCCCGUUUAUCCGAUCGCCGAACAGUCAGACGAGAGUACACCGAUCAAGAACGGAGGUGACGGUAAUGGUGUGCGAUUGGUGAGUGACGAAGUAACAGUCAUCCAACGGUUCGUCCUCCAUUUGUCCGAUUCGGACGAUGGCCUGCAGGACGAUGAUGAUGAUGACGAGGAGGAAGAUGAAGAGGAUGAGGAAGAAGAGGAGGGGGACGACGAUUGUGGUGAUAGAGAGAGCGACGACGAAGAAGUGGAAGAAGAGGAGGGAGAAGCGCACGUGCAUGUUGGGGAGGAUGGUGUUGAAGCGGCCGUGGAGCACGAUCAGUGCACUGGAAGGGCGCGGGAAGAAGACGGGCCAAAGCUGGUGGACCGGGUAGCAGAUAGUGAGGAGGAUCUUACGUUGCAUGAUCAACUCCGUCGGCUGCACCAUCAGCAGCAGCAAAGGGAUCGGAUGGAACUUCUCGAUCAUCAUCUCGAUACGGCAGAUCGGUCGGCGGUACCUGCGGGUGACGGGGGUGACGAUCGGAGCGACGAAGCGAUCGAUUCCGAUCUCGAUCCCCCGGACAGUGGCCUUCAGUCGACGGAUUCCGAUACGGAAAACAAUGCGGGCUCACGAUCGCCGCUUCUCGAACCGCGCAAUCAUCGGGCGGGUUCCGAGCAAGCGGUGGUUAUAGUGGAGGCCAAGAACACCGCUUGCUUGGCGGCGCCCAACGCCAGUGGUGGCGGUGGGGACGUGAAGAAAACUUCAUCCAGUCCAACGAUCAGCGACACGCUGCGGUCCCCGGUGAAGCCGUUCGGUGACGAACUGGGAUGUCUCUCCUCCAGUGAUUGGGAGCACGCGAGUGCCAGUUCCAAAGAUUUGCUGAUUGCAAAAGACAGUCCUCCCAAGGCGGCGAAUGCACCAUCGGUGGGCGGAGAGCACGAUCCAUCUGCGACACAACGAACAGCUGGGGGCAGUGGGAAAACGGGCGAUUGUGCAGCGCCCGACACUUCGUCCACUUCCGGUAUUACGCCGUCCGCACAGCGUAAUCUGGGUGCGAUUCCCAAAACUUCGCCCCAGGGACGGUUCAGCACACGGCGACUGAGCAUCGAAGACAACUAUCCCAGCACGAGUGGCAAGAUCUACAAUCGGACACUCUCGCAGCGGCUAUCUGCGGAGCGGAUACCGGAAAAUGCUGCCACUGCACCACUGAUCACGUUCCUCAACUAUCGCUCAGAUGUGCCAAUUCCGCCGAUAUACCUGCCGGGCAAUAGUGCGCUGUCGGAGCAGCAAACGAACGGAAGUUUUAGCUUUCGGUCGCGUGGUAUCCCAUUCCCCUCCCGGUCAUACCGCCAGUUAAACUGCCGCCUGCGAAUCCUCAAAUCGGCCGACGAGGGAGGCAGUGAUAGUGCUGAGCCGGCGGGAGCAAUGGCAGCGUCAGCAUCGGCGGCGGCCUGUGGAAUAGAAACGACUUCCGGUGCGGUUGGAGUGAACGAUUACUGGCGCGACGAUGAUAACAACAACUGCAAUUACUGCCUGGAUGCGCUCGAAGGUGGACAACAGCAGGCGGUUACGGGCGGGCGUUUGCAGUCGGAGGCUGCGGGCAGCCACAGCGUCGGCGGCGCAGGAGGAAGCAGCACACGGGGCGGUGGUGUUGGUAUCGGAGGUGGUGAGCUGAUGCCGGGAUCGGUCGGCGAGUUGCCUUGGAAUUUGUAUGUAGCCGACGAUUCCGACCGCUGGCUGCGCUGUGCGGCCAACGCAAUCAAGGAGCGGAUCGGAGCGCUCAACCAUCAUCUGCACGCACACCACCAUCUACACCAUAUGCAUCAUCACCAUCACCCUCGCAGCACGAUCAGCAUCAGUGGUCCGUCGGGCAGUGGUAUUGGUGGGGCGGGCAGUGGAAGCGUUCUGAGCGGAUCCGGUGGCGGUGGGGCAACGAUCGGGACGAUUUCUUCCACCGGCGAUGAUUUCAACACUGCAUCCAUUAAUUCUGCCGUGGGGACGAUCGAUAAGGCAAUCGUCGCGUCGACGGACUGCAGCCUUUCGCGGGCACAGAGCACAAUCGAUGUCGUGCUACACUCGAUGUUCGGCGAAGGUGGCCAAACGGUGCGCCCGAAGCGUUACUACCGCUUUCCCCUGAACUUCCUGUGCUUCCGAGAGCAUCUGAACAUCUCGAUGAAUCGGUUGCAGCUGUUGGCGUUGUUCGAUCGCGACACCAGCUGGGCGCAGGUCGUGCUCGCCAUCGGUCUCUGCACGCUCGUCUCGCUGCUCGGCUCGCUCGUCCUGUACCUGAAGUUCUACGAAGAUCUGUACGCGUUCAUCUUUUGCUUCGUGAUUGCCGGCAGUCAGUACUCGCUGCUUAAGAGCGUCCAGCCCGAUGCGGCCUCACCGAUCCAUGGAUUUAACAAAACCGUCACUUACUCGCGCCCGAUCUACUUCUGUCUGUGCUGCGCGCUGCUGCUGGGUGUGCACCGGGUGCUGAGAGAGUACGAGCUGGAACUAGGCCAGGGAGCUCCACUGGAGGGUCUGGGAACGCACGUCCUGUUCGGAUUUCGCAUCUCGAUCGUAGCCUUUCUCCAGUCGAGCCAGAGCAUCCUCUCGGUCGUGAUCCUCUCGUUUCCGUUCCUGUUUAGCCUCGGAUUGUUCCCGCAGAUCAAUACCUUCACGAUGUACUUUCUGGAGCAGCUGGACAUGCACCUCUUCGGCAGCAACGCUUCGUGCAGUCUGCUUGCGUCCUUUCUCUCCGUGCUGCGGUCCGUGUUGGCUUGCACGCUCCUGUUUGGGCCCGCUUUCGGUGCCCUGUCCGAGACCGGCACCCAGCAUGUACUGUUCUCGAUGUUUUGCGCUUUCCUUGUGACCGUGUCGUACCAUCUGUCGAGGUGCGCGAGCGACUACACGUACGUUUGGGCGGUGAUCAAGUCGCUGCUACUGGCGCACCCGGACGAUGACGAUACAUCCAGUGGGGGCCGAGACGGCUCGAAGCGCUCGGUGUCCUCGGGCUCGUGCGAUGACUCGAAGGGGGCGGAAGGCCUUCCAACGGUGGUGGCCGGUGCUGAGCGACGGCAAUCGGUGCCGGCCCGAUCAACGGACGAGAUGAACCGGGAUUUCGACGAAGAGGCGGGACGCGAGGACACGAAAGAACUGGACGAUCCCUUACCGCGAAAGUUACAGGAUACGGUGACGGCGCGCAUGAAGAACGAUGGCGUGGUGUGCGUGGUGCUGGCGGUGGCCAUGUUCAGUCUGCACUGCAGCACCGUCUUCACGGUGCUCCAGCCGGAAAUCAAUCACGUGCUGCACUCGGGCGCCUGCAUUGUGGGGUUUCUUGUUCACUACAUCGUGCCGCAGCUCCGGAAGCACCUGCCGUGGUUGUGCAUCGCAAAACCGAUUCUGAAACCGGACGAGUUCGGUCUGUUCGAAGUGCAGAAGUUGUCGAAAAUCAUGUGGUUCGAGACGAUGUACGUGCUGUUGUGUUUCUUCGAGCGCAACAUCCUCUAUCCGCUGAUCUUUGUCAGUGCCCUGACCGCUGACUCGGCGUUGAUUGUGGAAAAGUUUGGCCUCACGCUCGGCACCAUGCUGAUCGUCGUUUGCAGUUUGAAGUGUGUCCGAAACUCGUACUCCGACGUCGGUAGUCAGUACAUUAUACUCAUCUUCACCGUACUGUUCUUUCGGUUGGACUACAAACUGUCUAGCGAAACGUUCCUGCUCGACUACUUUCUCAUCUCGAUCCUGUACCGAAAGAUUUCCGAGUUUCUGCUGAAGUUACAAUUCGUCGUAACGUACAUAGCACCGUGGCAAAUAACGUGGGGAUCGGCAUUUCAUGCGUUCGCCCAGCCCUUCAGUGUUCCGCACUCGGCGAUGCUGUUUCUGCAGACGGCCAUCAGUGCAAUCCUGUCGACACCUCUCAAUCCAUUUCUUGGAAGUGCCAUAUUUCUAACGUCAUACGUGCGCCCGAUUAAGUUCUGGGAGCGUGACUACAACACCCGCCGGAUCGAUCACUCAAACACCCGGCUCAGCUCGCAGCUCGAGCGCGAUCUCGGUGCAGACGAUAACAAUCUGAACAGCAUAUUUUACGAGCAUCUGACCCGCUCGUUGCAGCACUCGCUGUGCGGUGACUUACUGAUGGGUCGCUGGGGUAACGUAAGCCAAGGGGAUUGCUUCGUGCUCGCGUCGGACUACUUAAACUGCCUCGUGCACAUCAUCGAACUCGGUAACGGGCUGUGCACGUUUCAGAUGCGUGGUCUCGAGUUCCGCGGUACCUACUGCCAGCAGCGCGAGGUUGAAGCGAUCUCCGAAGAGGUGGAAGACAAUAUAGGUUGCUGCUGCUGCACGAUAGGCCACCUGCCACGCAUGCUGAGUGCGAAUGCCAUGUUCACUACGCGCUGGCUAGCGUGGCAAGUGAUGGCGUCCAAGUACGUUCUCGAGGGAUACUCGAUAUCGGACAAUUCUGCCACUGCCACACUGCAGGUGUUCGAGUUUCGGAAGGUGCUGAUUUCAUAUUACGUUAAGAGCAUUAUCUACUACACGCUUCGGUCGCCGAAGCUGAUGAGCUGGCUGCAAUCGCAGGCCAUUGAGGAAGCGCUCGAGCAUACGACGGACCGUCAGUUUGUCGAUCUCGAUCCGGUCUUCAAUCACAACCUGGAUGACGAUUAUGAUUUCCGCACGGCGGGCAUUACGCGGGCCAGUUUCUGGUGUAUCUAUGGCGAGUGGAUACAGUUCUGCAGUACCAAAAAGCGCCAGCAGCUACAAGCGGCCCUUAACGAGCGUAACAGUACGCCGAAGAAAACUCCACCGGCUAGCACUUCCGUUCCAUCGGGCGGUGGCACCGGAAGCACUGGCGGUACUGCGGGAAGUGUUGGCAAUUGCGUGGUUUCGUCGACCACUCAGGCCCACGGUGCAAAUUCGGCCACUACGGACGCGGCGAAAGAUGCCAAAGCUUCACCGGGAGCCAGUGUCACGACAGGUUCGACGGCGGAGAUUGACGGUACGGCAGGCGGACUGGGAAGUGCUGGGAACAGUAAGGCUGGUGGUGAGUCGAGUGGAACGCACAACAAUAACGGAGCGCACGCAGCAACGUCCUCGAAUUGUGGAGGUGCGGAUGGAACGAACGCCGGUUCCGGUUCUAACGGAAGCUCCUCCAAUGGUACAUCUAACUUUUUCAGUUCGAACCGUGACUCGUUGGUGACCUCGCUGUGCAUGUCGCUGGCGUUGCUGGCUCGGCGUACGUUAGCCACCGCAAGCCACAGUUCGUCGUGCGGGGUCGAGUUCUUUCUCCACGGGCUGCACGCCUUGUUUAAGGGUGACUUUCGCAUCACGUGCCCUCGCGACGAGUGGGUAUUUGCCGAUAUGGAACUGUUGCACGGUGUGGUUGCUCCCGCUGUCCGGAUGUCGCUGAAGUUACACCAGGACCACUUUCUCUGUCCGGACGAGUACGACGACUACAGCUUCCUGUACAAUGCGAUCGAUUUUCACACGAAAGAGCUGGUCAUUUCGCAUGAAGCGGAUCCGUUGUGGCGAAACGCGGUGCUUCGAGGAACACCGAAUUUGCUUGCCCUGCGCCACGUUAUGGAUGAUGGUUCGGACGAGUACCGCGUGAUACGGCUCAGCAAGCGGUACCUAAACUUUCGGGUCAUUAAAUUGAAUCGCGAGUGUGUGCGUGGAUUGUGGGCUGGCCAGCAGCAGGAGCUGAUCUAUCUGCGCAAUCGGAACCCCGAACGUGGCAGCAUCCAGAACGCAAAGCAGGCGCUCCGCAACAUUAUCAACUCGUCUUGCGAUCAACCGAUCGGUUAUCCGAUUUACGUGUCCCCGCUGACGACAUCGUACGCGGAAACGAACGCACAACUGUGUCGCAUCAUCGGCGGUGAGAUAACGCCCGAAAAGAUUCAACAGAUGCUGAUCCGGUGUUGGAAGCGCAUCCGGCAGCGGUGCCGCGAGGGAUGCAGUAGUGGCAGCGCCAUCGUUGAUGGCGAAAUGACGGAGAUGCAGGGUGUGUACUGUAACACGCCGACACCGAACAACACACUGUCGGGGACGGCAGGCACUCUGUCGUACGGUAGUCAGAACAUGUCGAUCUCCGGUGCCGUUGCAACGCGGGGCAGCAUGGCCAGCAUUAACAAACCGACCAGCUCGACCCUGUUGGCUGGGUUUCUGAACCGGGAGCGGGAUGCGGAGCGCGAGGCGAUGGCCGUUGUAGGGGUGCGGGAACGCAGUACGAUCGCGAAGCGGAAUAUGAGUAGCACGAGCAAAGAUCGCAUCGAUUGGGGUACGCUACAGAUUAGCAAGCGGGACUCGUACCGAGAAGCUGUGCUGGCGGAGGCAGUAGCAGCGGCAGCGGUUGCUGGUGGAAGUGGAAACGACAGUUCCGCCGGAGCUGAUGAUGAGUGUAUGGCCGGUGCUGCCGGAGCGAGUCCGAGUUCGACGCUGAAACCACAAGCUGAAUCGACUUCUGGUCCGAUCGGUCACAAGCAACAUUCGUUGAAGCUUUCGACCGUUGGUACAGGCAUUACAUUGCCGCCGGGAGUUGCCAGCGGUAGUGGAGGUAUGGCGGCCGUUGGUAGUCGAAUACCGGGAGUUCCCGGAACGCUAACGUUCACACUGUCACCUCCGGACGAUGCGUCCUACUCACUGUUCAGUAUGGCUACUGCGGAUUCAACCGAACCGCAGGCGGCAAACCUUCAGUGGAUACAGACGCCUCCGGCGAUCGGGCUGAACAAGAAGGUCAUCAUUGUUGAUGCGUCGCAGAUCUACGAUUGUCUUGAUCUGGGCAGGCGUAUCGAUGUAACUUGGCCGAACGAGCAGUUCCGAGCCAGUGGCGGUCGCGCCUCGUGGAAAGAUUGGAUCCCGCAAGAGGGCAUGGUAGGUUACGUAGUUCACUACUGGCAACCGAACCAUCCGGAUCAUCAUUUCCGUUCGAACGUUAACCGCACGAUACUGUUGGUGAAGAUCGGCGACCGACACGUACCGAUCGGCGAGAAGGGUAUUAAAGAGUACAACACGAUCGGACUAACUUCGAUAGGGGCCAUUUCGUCUACCGUCGACGACAGCCCUGCAGCGUGUGGUGAUUCAUCAUGCCGUUCCGUGUCCAUCAACAUGGUCCCUAUGGAACGAACCGGUAGUCGGGAGGUGAUCGUAACAUUCACCACUUCCGGUGCACUGGUGGAAGUAGAGGGCAGCGACACUAUUGCCACGCCUGAAAGCACUCCAUCGAAGGUGGAAGGUGACAUUGCCGGGGACCCACCUUCGUGUUUUGCCGCAUGCGCUAACGAACAUGAUGAAUCUCAAAGCUGCACUCAGUGCUCAGGGCUCGUGUAG